UCUAGUUCUCAUAGUAUUUUUAAUUUCUAGUAAUUAAAGGGGAAAUAUGAGGAACUGGAUUGCUACUUUUACUCUUUUUGCAUUACUCCUCACCUCAUCUUUCCUUGACAAUGCAAUGGCUGAUUCAAGUUUGUGCAAGUCGAAGUGUGAGGUGAGGUGCUCAAAAGCAGGGCUAAAGAAGCGUUGUCUGAAGUACUGUGGAAUAUGCUGUGAAGCCUGCAAAUGCGUACCCUCAGGAACGUAUGGGAACAAGUCAGAAUGCAAAUGCUACAGAGACAAACUCAACUCCAAGGGAAAACCCAAGUGCCCUUGAAUUAUAUUAUAUUAUUUCUACGCCAUGCAUGCUGUUUCAUGUUAUCCAAAAUAACUAAAUAAAUAAAUGUUGCCAUCAUUGUAUU